AAAGGGGUAGUAUAUAUAUAAAGAAUAGCUUUGAGACACGUUUGCAGAUUCUCGAGGCGGCAAGCUGCACGUGCGGUUUAUGAUUUUGUUAGCUAGACCAGAUGAUGCAUGAUAAAUAAAUUGAAGUUUGAACUUGUUUGUCCAUCAUUAAGUUCGUAAAAAGAAUUUACGGGACUAUAUUUGAACACAUGUUAGUAUCAUAUAUCUAUCAAAAAACCGAGAUAACUGAGUUAUUAAGUUAUAUUAGAGUUAUCCCGCUUGAUGCGUACAUGCGUCAUAUUUUAUUUUUGUAUACAUUGGUUAUAGAUGGUGCAGCUUACUGUCUUACGGAAGAGACAUUCAUUGAAGGGGUUGAAGCUCUUACCUGUCAUUAAGAAGGUCAGAGGAGGGAGACCAGAGGGUCUGAAAGAGUUUGCGCGCAUGUCUAAGGAAAAAAAGACAGACGUCUUAGAGUUGGAUGAGAUAGAGAAUAUAGUCAACUCAUUGACAGGGGAAAACAUGAUUGAGCUGUUGGAACUAGCUGGAAGAGAUAUUGAUGUUAACGAGGCAAGAUGGUUAUUGCAUUGCUUGAUAAUUUUUGCAAAUGAAGUGGGGCAACCAAGAGGCCAGGCAUUAGAUGAUUCAACGAACCCUAGCACAAGUGCAUCCACAGGGGGAAGCAGUACACCAGUACCUUUAGAAACUGCAGGACCUUCAAAAAAAAGGAAGCAUGAUGUUGAUACAACCUUGGAGGAGAGGGUUUUGUCUUUGGAGAAAACGUCAAAGGGGGAGAUGGUCCAGGAGCUUAAAGAGAAGGUGGGGACACUGUGCCUACAGGAUGAUCCAAGCAAUGCUUUAAUCCUGCUGACUCUUGAUGAACUGGCUAAAGCGGCUAGGAAAUUAAACCAUGAGGAGGCUGACAUGUUUGAAGAGUUGUACAGGCAAGCCAACAGAUAUCAGUCAAAACUUCAAAUUUCUAAUCUGUGUUUGUCUGUGUUAGGUGGGAAAGUAGCAGAUGCAAUUUCGAAAGCAAUUUCUAAGUGUUUGAAAGAUAAACCUGAAACCAAAGCUGAGAGUAAGAAUGAAUAUGUUGAAACACAAAAGCGACCAGAGUCCCCGUUGAAUGGUUUAUAUCCUUGUCAACCUUCUUUGUAUCCUAUGAUGCCCGGCAUGUAUCCCAAUAUGUUCAAUAUGGGGGGGGGGGGGUAUAAUUGAUAUGGAAACCAAGGUUAUCGAGGGGGUAGACAAGGCUAUAGGCCUUAUCGUCCUAAGGGUCCUUGCCUUUUUUGCAACAGCAAUAUGCAUUUGAUAAAAGAUUGUGAGAAAAUGAAGUUGGCUAAAGGAAAUAAGUAGAUGAGAUCAUAAUGUUCAUAUUUUUGUUCUUGAUACAGCAACAUGUAUGAUAUUUUUCUCAGAUAUAGAUGUGUAUAAAUGAUAUUUUACAAAUUGUAAAGCUAUUUGUUUAAAUAUUUUUUCUAUUAGUGAAGUUUUGUUUGAUAUAAACUGUCAUGUUUGCAGAUGUAGUUGUACUAUAAGAAUAAACUCUUUUGUCUUGUAAUCCGAGGGUCACUGACGCCCUAGUGAUUCGUCACGUGGAUUGCAGGCGAAAGAAUUCUUUCUUCAGGUGAAAUUAAUGCUGGUUGCAUUGUUGGAAAUUUACAUUAUAUCAAAUAAUUAUAAUUUUACAGAAAAUGAAGUUUGCUCCAGAAGUUUUAUCCUUCAUGGAGGUUCCAUCUUGGGAGUUAAAUAGUGGUUUCAAUCCCAUGAAUAUGAAUAUUAGUGACCAACCAGCAUGGAUUACACU